UUUAUUUUUGCAGAAAAUAUUGAACGCGAGGAUCUUUGAUCUUUCACCCAUUGUUCCCUUUCAUUUCCUUUUCACGAUCCUUCCUUUCCCUUUAGAUCUACGUUUCCUUAUUUGAACCCAAUUUUGUUCUCUUUUUACUACUUUCGAAAGUUUGGGUUUUUUUGGUUGCUUUGCUUUUUAUUCAUUUCGAUUCCAUUUGGAUUCAAUUCGAUCGGGGGAAAAUUCAUUUGGAUUCUCUCUUUCGAUACUCUAGACUUGUUAAUUUUCGAUUGAAUCGGAAAAAAGAAGAAGAAACAAAGGUCGAUUAGAGUGGAUCGAUGAAAUUAGGGUAAAAAAUUGGGGAUUUUUGGGGGGAUUAUGCAGAUGGAAAGGGAGAGGCGGAAUAGCAUUGCGAAUGGAGACUACAGUUGUUAUACGAAUGAUAAAUACAGUAGAUUUUCCAAUGAUUACAGUGUUUCAGAGAAUGAAAAGAAUCAAAGCUUGCCCUCCUCUUCGUUACCCAGUGCCGGUUUUAUCGAACAUCCGGUUUCCCGGUUCGAUACUCUUGCCGGUGUUGCAAUCAAGUAUGGUGUUGAGGUAGCAGACAUAAAAAAGAUGAAUGGUCUGGUUACUGAUCUUCAAAUGUUUGCUCUUAAGACGCUUCAGAUCCCUUUACCAGGGCGGCAUCCGCCAUCACCUUGCUUGUCGAAUGGUUCCGAAACGCCAGGACAAAGCAGUGCCAACCAGUCCCCAGGUCCAAAUUUGCCUUCUGAUUUGCGUGGCUCAUUCCAGUCAUUGAGACUGAAGACUCCUCCUCGAAGGGUCUCUCCAGCAAUGAGCUCAUUACAAGGUUAUUAUGGCCUUAAACCAUCAGAAAAAAGUGUGGCAUCUGAAGGUUUUGAGAUGGCUGUAUACAGGAAAGGAGAAGGUAAUUAUCUGGAGGAUGGUCCAUCACUUAAACUCUCCUCUGCUUCUGAUUCACCUUUGAAGCUUCAUCGGAAAUGUAGAAGCGUGACUAACGGAUUUUAUGACGAGAAUGGUGAAAUUGCAGCAGACAUCAUAUCUGCUGCAGAAGUCAAGGAUGACCCUGAUAAAUCAAAUGACAAACUGAUAAGAAGACGGCAGAAAUCCGAGGCUGACUUUAAUCCCCGUGCUCCUGAAAAGAUAUUGAAAGAGGAUAACACCAGUAAUGGAGGAUUUUCAACAAUAACGGCAAAAGGCUUGGCUCAGAGAUCCAAGGCAGCAACUCGCACUAAUCCAGGAGCCGAUGCCGAAGUAUUUGGGUUCAACACCACAGCAACAGGCCUCGGAGAUGGUUAUGUGGUCGAUGGAUUUACUGCAGUGAGGAAGUCAUCAAGCACGUCGAGCUUACAAGACCAGGACAGUAGUAGCCUAUCAUCCCUAUGGCCAACAUCCAAAUGGAAUUUGAAGCCUGAUCUACAAGCACUCUCAACGGUAAGCAUUACAAAACCCAUUUUUGAUGGAUUGCCAAAGCCAAUAUCUGCUCGUAAAAACAAAGCAGCACUUGAUUAGCUCCCUUUUCCCUCGCCUGCAUUGUGUUCCCCAUUUACAUAUACCAAAUUUUGACUGCAAUUCAUGAGGCCUCCAUUGCUAGUUCUUCUUCGAGGGGUUUAUACAGAUACAAGAAAAGGACAAUAAGAAAAAAAAAUGAAGUCCAUUGAUACAACAGCUUCUCUUGUCGUAGUUAAUAUGAACUAUAUAUAUAUAUGUAUGUAAUUUGUGUAAUAUAUUGCUCCACUUUUGACCCAUUUUUCAUUGUAGGGUGGUAAUGGUUGAACCAGUUCUGUUUCUCUGAUAUGUUUUAGACCAUUUUACAUUUUACUCUCCAAUCAUUGUGUUAUGUUAAAUUAAAAUUUAAUAAUAAAUAAUGAAUAUUCAUA